UUUGAAGGUCAGAUGAGGUGGGAGAAGAGUUUAUUGAAGAGCUAUAAAAAGGUCCAGAUUUCGGGAUUGCUGAUGAAAUUAGCCGUUGCCGGAUCGCAACGGCUAUAUUUUGAACACAAAUAAGAACGUUUGAAGUUUUAUGAGAAACGGGAAUGCAGCACGCGGGUCGUUGGAUCAGGUUGACCCGAUCCAACGGCCCGUAUAUAAAAGAACGGGAAGACCCGAAGGGUCUCCCCAAAUCACUCGCCCAGCCGGCUUCUCUUUUCCUCUCUCCAUUUUCCCUCCUCCUCCGGCCAACUGCCGUGAAGAUUUCUGGCGAUCCAACCAUCGGAUCGGUGAUCCGACACCAAAAUCCUUGUGAAACCGACCCCGGCAUCCCCAACAGAGGUGUUGAAUUCCACAUCCGGCGGGUCUUAGACCGCCGGCGACUGCGCAUCGGAGUACUCCCAUCACAAGAUGGAUGAUUAGCAGAGGAGGCAAUACUCACUGUGAGAUCAACCAUUUUGGGUCAGUUCAAGAGGCUUCUUAUCGUUAUGGGGUGUUGAAUAGGUUUGUGCAGGGUCAUCAUUCUAUUCGAUUGUAUGACAAUUGAUCUAUCAAGUUCUUUCUGGUGCUCGCGAUGAUAAAAUGUGAUUCGAGAUUGAUAGCGUGCUAUAUAGGUAUGGGAAGCAGAAAUUCGUAUUAAUGAUUGGAUUUCAAUUCGGCCGAAUUGAUAAACAGAGCUUUGAAGCGAGGCCGUUGGGUUGGAUAAUUUAGGGGUGCAACUAUUUUCCAUUGCAGCAACAGGUGAACAACAUAGUAUACUACUAAAUAACAGAUGAUAUGGAUCCAGAGGAUGUCCCCAAGUUAGGCUACGUCAACAUGAUAUUGUUGGACCAGGAUGGGCGCAAAAAAAUGGAAGUUGAUAUUCUUUUCGUUUUGUAUUACAUGAUAUAUAAUUUGUCUAUAUUAACUAAACGUUUAUUUUGUUUUUUGUCAUAGAACUUUUGGCUUUCUACAGUAGUGGUUGAUUGAGACUUUUUCAUGGAUUGAGAGUUAAUGGGUUGUAAGAUUUUUUAACCUAGUCAUGAUUCUGAGGUGCAGGAAAUGGUUGUCUGAAAAAAAGUCACAAAAAAUAAAUUACGAUGAAUGUCUUAAGAAUGUAAAUUUUCUAAGACAUUCAUCGUAAUUAAUUUUUUGCGACUUUUUUUUGGAUAACUAUUUUCUGCCCCUUAAAAUUUUGAUUGGGUUAGAGAGUCUUACAUCCAAUUUACUCUCAAUCUAUGAGAAAGUUUCGAUCAACCACCACUGUAGUGAUCAAAAAGUUUUAACAAAUGUUUAGUUAGUAUAGAAAAAUUAUAAUAAUGUAAUAUAAUACGGAGAGAGUAAAUAUUACUGGUUGUACUUGAAACGUCCAAUUAAAAUUAUAAGAGUUGACUUUCUUUCCAACUUUCCCAUUUAGCUUCUCAUUACUAGUGAUACAAAUGAAUU